GGAUAAUAAUAUAUCUAGUGAGGAUAGAUUUUUAGUGGAGUUGUCUUUGAGUUGGAUAAAAUUUCCUAACUUCGAUAAAAAUUGUGUAAUUUAACCAUGCACCUCUACAUAUAUAUAAUAUAAUGUGGGGCUACCUAUAAAUAUGUGGAAAAAGAUUAAUUAUAAUGAAACCACGACUUUGAGGGAAAAAAAAAAUUACCUUGUUAGGGCUAUAGUCCUCUGUACAGGCUUAGUGAGAUGGCGUUAAGCAUGAAGCAGAUGGCUAUCCUUAUUGCCUUCUUCGGCGUCGUAUCGUUAAUAUGCGGUAUUAUUGCUGAAAGUAAGAAGCCUGCAGCCGGAACACCUAUUGCAGGGAAGGGUGUUGUCAUCUGCAAGUAUCCCUCUGAUCCAACCGUAGCUCUGGGAUAUACAUCUUUGGCUACUCUGGUGAUAACUACUGCUAUCGGGUUUAAGUCAAUUUUUCACCCCUAUGACAACAAGGCAGUUCCCACUCAUGCCGUCUUUGGUAGCAAAGUCAUGACUGUUUUCUUCAGUAUUACUUGGCUGAUAGUGGGUUUAGCUGCUACACUGCUAGUAUGGCCAACAAUCAGUCAACAGCUUCAUUUGAGUCACACAGUGCAUCACACGCCACACUACGCUUGCCCCACCGCUAAAACAGGGCUCAUGGGAGGUGGCGCCUUUAUGUCUCUCAACUCAGCCCUCUUCUGGUUGUUGUGCCUAAUGUUGGCUAAGAAUGCGCGAGAAGAUUACUUCGAGGGAUCAUCCCGAGUUUAG